CCCGGAUGUUAGCUAUUCAGAGAGAAAGACGAACGAGCGAGAGAGAGGCGGAGAAGCUAGGAGACGCCACGGACAAACCGGUAAAGGGAUUGCGGGUCUCAAACCCACGACAAACACGGAGAGCUGAGGCUCGUUUCGAGGAGAGAGAGGGAGCUGUGAUCGAAAAAAGGAAGGGGAGGGGACGGCUAACUUUGACAGACCUGCACUGGCCUCCAGUAGCGGACACGAGCCCGGGUUUCGUUUUUGAGUGACGCCGACAAAAACAGUGAUCUGAGGGAGCCCCUGCGUUCUCGCCGCACCGGAUCGUCACCCCUCCUUCGCCGCCACUCGACCUGCCACCAUGACGUCGGAGCUGGAGAGCAGCUUGACCUCCAUGGACUGGCUGCCGCAGCUGACCAUGCGGGCGGCCAUUCAGAAAGCGGACGCCCAGAACGCCCAUGGGCCAGGCAUGGCCAAGAAGAGCGCUCUGCUGGACCCCAACACCACACUGGACCAGGAAGAGGUGCAGCAGCACAAGGACGGCAAACCGCCGUACAGCUACGCCAGCCUCAUCACGUUCGCCAUCAACAGCUCGCCAAAGAAGAAAAUGACACUGAGCGAGAUCUACCAGUGGAUCUGUGACAAUUUCCCCUAUUACAGGGAAGCCGGCAGCGGGUGGAAGAACUCAAUACGGCACAAUCUCUCGUUGAACAAGUGUUUUCUCAAAGUGCCUCGCUCCAAAGAUGACCCCGGAAAGGGUUCGUACUGGGCAAUCGACACGAAUCCAAAGGAGGACACGCUGCCCACACGACCCAAGAAGAGGCCACGGUCUGGAGAGCGGGCGUCCACGCCGUACAGCCUGGAGUCAGAUAACUUGGGAAUGGACUGCAUCAUCUCUGGAAGUGCCUCUCCAACGCUGGCAAUCAACACUGUGACUAACAAGGUGGCAUUGUACAACCCUGACCAGGACGGGAGUGACAGCCCUCGAAGCAGCCUUAACAAUAGCCUAUCUGACCAGAGUCUGGCCUCUGUUAAUCUCAACAGCGUGGGCAGCGUGCACAGCUACACACCGGUGACGAGUCAUCCAGAGCCGGUGUCCCAGUCCAUGAGCUUGCAGCAGGCCCCUCAGGCCCAGUACAACAUCCCGGAACGCGACAAGCAGCUGCUCUUCUCCGACUUCGAAGAUCUCAGUGCCUCCUUCCGCAGCCUUUACAAGACUGUGUUUGAGCAGUCCUACAACCAACAGGGUCUGAUGGGUAUGCCCUCGGAGUCGUCCCAGCAGACCCACACCUCCUGCUCCUACCAACACUCCCCCAGCAGCACCAUCAGCGCCCACCCUCACAACAACCAGAACAGCAUCACUAACUCUCACCCCAACAACAUCCCCAACAGCGGUAGCCAGGUGCCUCUCUCCCACCCCCCUCACUCGGCCCACAACUCGCCCCACGGACAGCACCUCUCCCAGCAUGGCCCUCACACCCAGCACAGCCAGCACCCGCACACGGCGCACAGCCAGCACAGCCAACAUCCCCAGCACAGCCAACACAGCCAGCACGGGCAGCAUCCCUCCCAGCACCAGGCCCACGGCCAGCACACGCCGCAGCAACAGCAGCAGCAGCACCAGAAUCUCUCCCACCAGCCUCAUCCUGCCCAGCAACAGAUGCAGUGCAACACCGGUCUUCCCAGUGACUGGUACCCCAACCUGGAUGCUCUAAAAGAAAGCUGCCGCAUCGCCAGCAGCUACAACUGGGCUGAUGUUGAUCUGUCACCCUUCCAAGGUUUGAAAGAGAGCAUGAGGCAGGCGGAGCUGAAUAACUGGUCUCUUGAGCCCACUCAGAUGGCAGACCUCUGCUCCUCCAUCAAUCAGUUCUUUGCUCGCACUGGAAUCCAGCCACAAGGGGCAGUGCAGCCUCCAGUGUGCCACGGCUCCAUGCAUGCAAAGCCCAGCCCGCACAUCAACACAGGUAAUUUGGACCUAUUCUUUGCAAAUAUUCACGGUGUCACAUAUGAAGACUGCCACAAUAAUAACAUAGUAACAUCAGUUUGUUUUUCAGGAAACAUGUACAUGGACUCGAGACAGAGCUUAAGUUCUAUGAUGGGACCGCCGGGAUAUCCUCAUAUGCCGCCCAUGAGCAGCGCUGGCCCCACUAUGACAGGCCAUCACGCUCAGAUGAACCAGCAGCAUAUGAUGCCUGCUGGAAACUUCCAGAUACGCCGCAUGCCCGCCGACGACAUCCAGGACGACUUCGACUGGGACUCCAUCGUCUAACCCAGUCCCCGAGAACGAAGAGCGGCGCAGACAAAACGAGAGAGGAGCGUAUGGAGGCAGAGUGUUUGUGUUACAGAGCAAGAGGGCUGGACCUGAGGUGUCUGCAUGCCCGUGACAGAAGGCAGAUUGGAAUGGGACACUUGAAAAAUAGUGCAGGUGUUGUUCAUUAUGACCUGAAAGAGACUCCUGUGUUCCUGGUGUUUUUAUGAAACAAAAACAAACAAAAAAAGAUAUUACUUUGAAGACAAUCACAUUUACUAGGACAUGUUUAAGUGAUCGCUUUUAUACUUGUCCAAGGGGCAAGUGGUUCAUGUUUAUGUCAAAAUGUCUCUCAACCCACAGCCUCUCUGCAAACCCGCCAAGCUCGCCCCUGCUCUUCAACCGUCGUUCUGUGAUUUUUCGAGUGAUUACGUCCGGCUUGUUCUCCCCUCUCAUGGUGACUAACUCAGGCCUCGACUGCCUAGCAGACAAGAUUGGCACCCUCAUUUGUGUUGUGAAACUUCCUCUGAGACGCAGGCCACUUUUCAGAAGAGGCGCAGGUAAUGUGACCCUCGAAGCACCUGCCGUUCUGGCACAAGUAGCCCUUUCUUUGCUCCUCUGACCCUACACACUGUAAUAUGCCGACAUGCAUCCGAAUCCGAUUCCAGACGAUUUUACUGAUCGCUAAGGCUCAUAGCGAAAUGUGUAAACCACAUUACCUGCAGUAUUUGUACUUGUGUAUCUUUGCUGUCUCAAGUGUGUCAUGUUUUUUGUCACUAAUAGUUUUAGGCGAGUCUGAACGUGUGUGUCGGAAAAAGAUAUCGAUCCAGACCUCACUCUUCCCCUCAUCGCUUUGCGUUUGCAUGUACAAUCCUCAUCCUGUUGGCCAUCAAGGUGUAGUCUCCCGAUCGGACUGCAUCGCUUUUAAGUUCAUUUAAAGCCCUCAGGACCUGCCGCUGAAAGUUUCAAGCGCCGUUUAGGAGCGAUCGCUCAAACCAGAGGUUUGUGGGAUAACAAAGAGCCCGGUUCAUGUUGUGAAAUCAGCCUCUUUACAGAGAAGGAGAUGAAAAUCACAUCACGGCACAUUUGCUUAAUGGUCCACAAUAAAAGAACCCUCUUUAUUUUAACCCCAGGACCAACACAUGAAAUCGCUUGCUCUUUGCUGCACUGACAAGGACUUUUUGCAGAGAGCCUACCUUCAGUUUAGCUUCUGAAUGCUGGGUGUAGCGUAAUGAUGAGUGAAGGGAGAUGACUCAAAUAUUUAGAUACACUAAUAGCCUUAUUUUGGAGGAAUGUUAACUGCUGCGUUUGAAUUUCUGCUACUAGGAAGUGGUGCAAAGUUUAAACUCACCCAUUCAGACUAGAUGGCAACUUUCACUAUAAUUAGCAUACUACAGUCUAUAAGGAGUUUAGUUGAAAGCGCCUGCUAACUUUACAAACCACAGUGUCGUUUUAUUCUAUCAGCGAUGUGUUUGUGCAAUAUGAUUCAUUUAGGGCUAUCAGUGAUUACAAUCAUCUCUUUUGAAGAGCACAAAACUAAUGCACAAGAUCUGGACUAAAAUAGCAGAACCCAAAUUAGAAAUAGGUCCAGGCUUUUGAACUUUAGCAGGGUAUUUCUUGGUGAGAAUCAAGCUGCACUUAGAUUAGACCAAAUUGUAGAGUGCAGUUCUGGUUUAGAAAGCCAUAAAAUGUGGUUGGAAAGGGAAGGAGUGGAUCUGUUUCUCAAAGCUUGAACGUUUACGCACACCUUGGUGGUUUUCUGUCAUCUUUAUGGGCUUUUUUGUUUUUCGUCAAAGUGUAAGUGCUAAAAGACUUUGAAAAGUGAUCUUAUGACAAUCAUAUUUUAAUUUUAAUUUUUUUUUUUUUUUUUUAGUAUUUCAGUAUUAUUAACUUUCAAAGUAUUUACACUAGUCACUGACAUUGGCCUUUGAUCCCUAAAGUCCGUAAUGUCAUGAACCCUACCUUUAACAGUUUGUCUUGUCCUUCAUAAAAACACAUUUAAACCUCAAAGAAUCAAGGGAAAAAAUGGUUUACAUAAAGAAUAUUUUUAGGACCAUUAAAAUUUAUCAUGGCAAAUAAAUCUCCCUUCCAAAGUUCUCAUUAAUGUAAUCUGUUCAGACAUUUUGCUUUAUUUGUCUAUUUUAAUUCCCAUUACUCUCAGCAAUGAUUCAUUAGUCAUUUUCCCAUUACUGUAAUGCAGUAUUUUUGUUAUUAAUGAAAUCAGCGAAAAAUCAUAAAAUGUAGCUCAAAGGCAGUAUAAUAAAUACUGAUUAAAAAAAACACUUUGUUUAGCUUUUUUUCCCCUUGCAUUACUAGUAAUGACGUUUUUACAGUUUUUUCUAUAAAAUAAAACAAAACACUUGAAUAAAAAGUUGUUUUUUUUUUUGUUUUGUUUUUUUGUUUGUUUUUUGUCUUUUUAUUUUGGGGUUAAAUAUGACAGGUUUUGAGUAGGGCUGCAAAACAAUUAAUUGCGAUUAAUCGCAUCCAAACUAAAAGUUUGCAUACUUUUACAUCAUAAAUGUUUGCGUGUGUUUAUAUAUGGGUCAUUGGUGUAUAAAGAUUUUCGACAUGCCAAUUUUUAAAAAUACAAAAAAUAUAUAUAUAUAUGUGUUGUAAUUCUUCAAACAUUAAGAAUGUUGUGUACACAUAAAUUCAUAUUAAAAUUUAAAAUUGAGUUACUUAAAAUUAAGCUAUUCAUCUCAAUGAAUUGGCCAUAGCCUUAAAAAAUGUCAUGUGGUGCGACCAUGAUUUAUAUUAAAAUUAAUUAAUUUCCUUAAAUGUUCUUAGUAAUUAAAGUGUUUAGAAACAAAAUGUUUGCAUUUAAUUAGAAAAUUUUGUAAAUAUGAUCACAAUUUUUUUGUUUUAGAAUUUCAAAGUUGCCUUCAGUUAGCAGACUUAUUUUUCCUGUAAAUUGCAUAAAACUGAUAAAAAAAAUGUUUUAAAAAUGCCAUUAAUUUAAGCAUGCUGUAGCAGUGAUUCAUAUUUCAACCACAGAAAUUAGUUAUUUUAUUUUUAUUUUAAUACAGUUAUUCUUAUUUCUGAGCGGUCGCUCCAAAUGACGCAAAGCCCUUAAAUCAUUACAAACCUAUUUAAAGAGACGUGUGAAAAGUGCAGCACAUGGCAAUAUCUGCAGGUAUUUCUUUAGCCCCAGUUAUUUCUGAACUUUGCCCAAUCUUGGCUGCUCAAUUGACCCUUCGCUGAGAAUUUAAUUAACAGACGAUUGGUGGACUUGAACUUGAAAAAUAGUGUGUAUUGACAUCUUUUCACUGGUGAAACGAGAUAUCUUCUGAUGUUCAUUCAUGUUUAUUUCAUGCUAUAACUAGUAAAGAUAAAGAGAUGAUCGGUUCACGUGCCGCUUGAACUGAGACGCUACAGCGAUCCUUCAGGACACAUUAAAGAGAAACAAAACAGUAUUUUUUGUUUUGUUUUUUGAUGAUUCCAUGGGUCAUUGGCAAAUUGCUAGAUGAGGCAAAGUCCUAUCUUUGAAUGGAUUUCAACAUAAAAAUCUCAAAAUGGUAGUUUCUUGAUGGUCGCACUACAUGAUAUUUCAUAAAAUGGAAAUCAUCUGACAAAGUUUGUUUGUAAAUUAUGAUGGAACUAUAAAUAUAAAUCUUUGCAGUUUUAUACAGGAUUACAAAACAAUCUGAAAAAAUUAGGGCAGUUUUUUCCAACACAGCAGUUAUGGCCAGACGGUCGCACCACAUGAUAUUUUGACACGUUGAAUAACAGAAAAAUUACAAAUAACUACAUUUUUUUGAAAAGUUAAAAGUGAGUCCACACAUAUAUAUGGCAUCUUUAUAAUUCAUUUAAACCAUUUUUUAACUGAAAAAAUACAAUUGGACAGAAAAUGUAGGUGUCACGUCAUUGACCCAUAUACAUAAUAAAUAUACACUACACACACAUGUAGCAUGUGAACACAAAUGUUUAUUUAGGAUGCGAUUAAUCAUUUGAGAGAUUCAAUCUAAAACGAUUUUAAUGGUAAAGAAACCCAUGUUCAUGACAUUUCAACCUGAUUCUUCACUGUCCACCAUCACGUGUAGUUUGUUACAUAUCCAUCUGUCAGUCAUCAGAUUGUCUGACGUUAAUGGUGUUUAAAUUGGCAAAACCAUAUUACUGAAGCCUAACUUAACCGAGAAAUCCAACUCAAUUGGCAGUGAUGCUGAAUUUGUGAGUCUGCUCACAUUGCUUGGUUCUGCAAGGAAGGCAAACGAGGACAGAACUGUUAUCCACUUUACCCGAGACAGACUGUUCAGCGUCUGUGUUUUUAGUUUGACUGCGACGCUGUGCACGUUGUUCUUAAGCUAAGCUUCAUUGCCCAAAUCUGCUUUGGCUCCCUGCAUCCUUUUCUUCGUCGUUUCUCUCCAUCUCAUGUUUUUGUUUGGAUACUGUUGAAGUGUUCACGAGCCUCAUUCACCUAGUCGCAGUGUUUUGUCAUGCAAGGAGCUUUGAGAGCUUUUAUCUGGCCAUUUGUGCACUUUGAAAAGAGUUCAGAAGCACAAGCGCUCACGUCGGUCAUUAACUCAAGCAUUGAUCCACCCUCAGUGUGACUGUGGUGUUCACCCUCGAUCAUGGUUUGUCUGGAUGUCGACCACAAGAGGAGCGUCGGUUUUCGGUUGGAAAUCUUUCGUACGUAUUGCCAAUUUGUUCGUGGUAGUGAUGUGUUUGGAUCUCUUGUUUGCCAAAGAGAGCGAGUUUAAUUUAGCAACAUUUAAGGCAGCAGGUAACUGGCGUCCUUCCCAGGUUGAAGGGUAAUGUAAGUCUGAAGGUUCGGAGCGUCAAGGGAGCGCAAGAGAAUACGAGCUGGACAGGUGAUGAGUUCUCUCUCUCUCUCUUUCUCUCUCUUCCUCUUUUUCUGAAAAAAGAAAAAGGAAAAACAUAGCUCCUUUGAUUUUGUGUUUGUGUCGUGUGAAAGUUUUAACUGUUAAGACAACUCAGUUUUCGUAAAACAAAAGAAAAAAAAGAACUAAAAACAAGUGGGGAUGCAUCUGCCAGAGAGAUUACUGUAAUCAAGGAAGAUUUGAGAAGCCUUGUUACAUUUACGGGAGAAAACUGCCAACAAGUUCUGGUAUUUGGAGCCUAUUUUAUUCAUUGUUGGUGUGUUGUUGUGCUUAUUGUAAAUAUGUGUCUUUUCGAUUGUCCUUUUUUCCUCUGGGGUGGUGAGGGAUCAAGGCAAGGGCUCGGGUUCACCUGCGAAAGAAAAGAGGGAGAUGAAUACAGAGUAUUUUGUUAUUGUCCAAUCCAAGGGUGACACAGUAUGUAUAUAUCUAUAUUGUAUAUAUGUGAUGAAAAUGCGUUGGCUUUUUGUGUGACACUACCUUUUACCUGUACUAUGGUUCAACAUUCAGUGUUUCAGUGUUUAUAUUCUAUUUUAAUCUUUGUUUUCUGUUUGAUUUUGUCCUGGUCAUUACUUGUAUUUGUUGUUUCCUUUAUUUUCCCCUUUUCGUCCUUUUUGUUAUUGCACGGUUUAUUACUUUUGCUGUCCAAUAAGAUGACACCGCUUCUCUUUGUAUUGGUUUUAGUGCUGUAAAAUAACUCUGAAGUGUCAUUAGGAUUGUCAAUACCACCCCUUCCCCCGAUAUGCAUGAAUGGCACUUAAAGAAAUAAAAUAUGUUAACUUCA